UGAAACAUUAACUUUUGUUCUGCUGACAAGAUACUGCCACUGCUUCCUUAUUAGUGGAAACAAUGGAAGGCUUGGGGCCAGAUGCCGCUCGCUAAUGGAGGAAAAGAGUUAGUCCGCUACCUCGGCAACCCACAAAUCACCACCUAUGCUGCUCUGACCAAUCAGACAGAGGACAUUACUGUCCAGAGAGCGGUGCGACAUCAGACUCAGCAGCUGUGAUGUUCAACAGAACUACUUUUUUUUAGAUAAUAUCCUCUUUCUUUUUAAAUGAUGCCCAUUUUUAAAGUAACAGGGAAUCUAUUUGGAGAACUUUACAAUAGAUAUUUAACCUAGAUAUUUAUUCAGUCUACUUUUCAAAGUAAAUCUCUUUCCUAAGCUUUUGUUCUUUUCUGGCACUGCGGUGGGUUGAUGGCGUGGUUUCAUCUGGCUCUGGUCAAAGUGAAUUGGACAGCACUUUUAAUUUUGGCCCACUUCACUUACCUGCUGAUGGGGGCCAUCGUCUUCCAGCUGCUGGAGAGAGAAGCCGAAAGCAAUAACCGCAACCACUUUCAGCUGGAGAAGCUGAAUUUCCUGACUAAUUACACCUGCUUGGAUGGUCCUGCCUUGGAAAAGUUUGUUCAGGUAAUUUUAUAUGCCUGGGAAAAGGGAGUGAACCCUUCAGGCAACUCGACAAAUCCCAGUAACUGGGAUUUCAGCAGCUCCUUCUUUUUUGCAGGCACAGUCGUCACGACCAUCGGUUAUGGUAACCUCUCGCCGAGCACCGUGGCCGGUCAGGUGUUCUGUGUGUUUUACGCACUGUGUGGCAUUCCUCUGAACUUGGCUUUCCUUAAACAGCUGGGCAAGAGUCUCACCAUCCACCUUGGUCGACUGGAGAGAGGGAUGGUGGCAGUGGUUCCUCACAAGAGAGCAGUGGAAGCCCUGGCAGUGAGUUUAUUCUUUAUCACCGGCAGCCUGCUGUUUCUCGUCAUCCCUCCUCUGCUGUUCAGUUACGUGGAAGGCUGGACAUUCGGAGAGGGCUUCUACUUUGCUUUCAUUACCCUCAGCACCAUUGGUUUUGGAGAUUAUGUGGUGGGCACCGACCCAGGGAAGGACUACAUCUCGCUGUACCGCUGCCUCGCAGGCAUUUGGAUCAUCUUUGCGCUCGCUUGGCUCGCUCUUAUCCUCAACAUGGGAGUGCGAAUCAUGGAAAACUUUGUUAUCCUUACUCAUCCGGGCUUUAAGAAGCAUGACGAAGAAGACGAGGAAGUGUCUGCCAGUAAACUAGAAGCCACAUCAAAAAUUUGACUAUGGACUUUGAAAUUAUUUGCAAGUUAUACUGAUUUGCUGUUAAAUAUUGUAUUUAGUUUUUAAACUGUAUUCUAAUAGAGGAUGAGGCAAAAGCAGUUUUCAUAUGUACAUAUAUUAGUCAUGUAUAUUGCCUUCUACCUCAACGUUAAAGUCUGUGAUCCGGAAUCAUAUUUUUUUUUCCAUUCCCAGAUGUGUGUUUGUAUACUGCUCCUAGUGCUCUUCUGAUUCCCACCCGUAUGAUUAGAUGUUCAAACAGGAUACUCUGACCUGAGCUCAUUUCAUGGCUUUGUGUGUGUGUCUGUGUGUGUGUGUGUGUGUGUUCGUUGAUGUCGGUCUACAUCUGUGCUUGUGUGCUGAUGGGAAACUGGUGAAUUGAGCACGGACAGCUAUCUUAAACCAACACAUUAAUCAAGAUGGUGAUGCGGAGUGGAAAAAGGAGGAUGACUCUCACCUGUCUCUGCCUUAUUUAUUUAUUUUUUUAACUAAAUGAAACGCAACAAAAUCCACAUAUUUGAUUUAAAAGUAGAGCGCCUGGCAGCAAUCUUCAUAAAACCUGAAACAUGGAAACAUUUGUCAUAUAUUACAACUACAAACAUUAAAGAAUUUUGUUGGGAUUUCUGUAUUGUACCAACAUAAAUGGUUGCAUGAUAAUAAAAUAUGAGUA